AUGGUGCUUCACAACCCUGCAGCUGGUAGAGCGGCGCCAGCGGCGGAAGCUGUGGAAGUAGAGACGCCAGAAGUGGCGGCAGGCGGCGCAGGGAUCGGAAUGGGCAUGACAGGCUAUGGAACAGCAGGUGGUUGGGGCCCAUACAGCGGGGCGAUGCCUCCUCCUGGCUACCAGGUGAUAUAUGUGCCGGUUCAGAGCUACGGCCCUCCACGACAUUAUCCGGACAGGGUCGGAGCACAUACAGGGUAUCACAAUCAGGCUCCUCCUGGUCUAGAUGCCCGAUACAGUCGUCCGACAGCAGGCGCAGGUUCAGCGGGGGCAGGUGUUGGUUCGGGACUGCCAAGCGCUGGUACAGGACGUGAUGCAUCAGCCACAGGUGUAGGCCGAAGUCCUUCAAGAACAGGUGCAGGCCGUCGUACUCCUGGCGCAGGUGUGGGCCCUGGUUCUACACGCGCACGCAUUAGUAGAACUCAAGGAGGGGGCGCUGGUUCCACCGAUCCUGCCGUAAGCGGUGGUGCCCCGCAUUCUGUUCUUGGCGGAGGCUCUCCUCUUCAUGGAGCAAGCGGUGGGGGUUACCCUUAUCCUCCUAGCGCCGGUGGUUACCACUAUCCUCCCAGCGCCGGUGCAUACCAUUAUUCUCCCAGUGGUGGUGGUUAUCCCUAUCAUGUUAACGGCGGUGGCUAUCCCUUUGGUGGAGUUCCUGGCGGGCACUACGGUGGAGGUGCGGGCAUGGCAAUGGACCCCGUUGUCCAGCAAUUAUUAGAUAUCGAACCGGUAAUGAACGCUGCUGGAACAGGUGUAGCGAACACGGCGCAGCAACCAACGGAAAUAGAGCGGGAGCUAGGAGCAGGAACACAUGCAGGGCUCAACGCGUUCAGUUACGGGUUACCUAGUCAGGGGAUGUGGGUACCAGGUACCGGGAUGAACAGGGGAGGCGCCAUGGCCGGUGGAUGGGUCUAG